UCGCGUUUGCUAUGUAUGCCCAAUUAUUGUGUUUGAAUGUACACGAGUGUAUAUAUUUGUUGAACAAGUGGUAAUCGUUUUCAUAUCAUCUGACUAAACAGUGAUCAAUUAAUUUGAUAAUUUACCGUCAAACUAUAUUUGCUGUAUUGUAUUGCAAUAUAGCAUGACGCAAUAUGUAAUGGUGGCAUGUGAAAAUUGUCUUUUUCAGACACUUACGAGAUCCAGUAUUGGAUAGAUUUUGUUAGUUACUGUAGCAGCUACAGUGUAGUUAUCAUAAUUUUACAUCAUAACCUCACAAUAAAAAUUGUGCUGUCAAUACAUAUGAUGUGAAAAAUCAUUGUAGAUUGUACUUGUGUUGUUAUGCUGUAGCCUUUAGUGAACAUCAAAUGAUAUUGCAAUGCCUAAAUUAUUUUUUUAAAGUUACCAAAAAAGUGGACCAUCAACGUCAACACCUUACAAAGGACCUGGAAUUCCUUUUCAAACCCUCUCAUGCAUAGCUUCAUCCAUCGACUCACUAUCAGACAGAGAUCUGUGUUUUCUGGAGCCUGGAAUCGAACACUUUUCUAUGGCAGAGUGAUGAACAGCUCUUACAUGACAGUUUUUCCAAGAUGAGCUUCCAUGAUGAGUCCACCAUUACUUUGAACGAAGAUGCCAAUGAUCUUCAUAACACUGUGAUUGAUUUUAGAGAUCCACAUGAUUCAACAUGGGGAAAAGAAAGUGAUGACAGCAGUUCUAAUAAGGACUAUGUUCCCUCUAUCUGUCUUAGAGAACAGGUGAAGGAACUAAGGAUUUUCGGAAAAUUGAGGAGCUUCCUGUAAUUGGUCUGGAAGAGACAGUACAUCUCACACCAGAGGAUGAAGGCUGAUGCAAGUUGGAGCUAAACUCUGCAGGACACCGGCCCUCCAGGAACAAGUUUGGGGACCCCUGAUCUAUGCAAUAACCUCAUGAAAUUUUUAGAGUAAAAUUGUCUGAUGGACGAAUGGAUAGCCCUGGCUACUGUGCCCAGUAUUGCUCUUACACCACAAUGGAGAAUGAUUCGAAGGAAAUCAUCUCUGUUGUGACUAUAGAUAAAAGGCAGACUGGGCGGAAUUCUGUCAUCAUGGAGAAAGAGGCGUUUGUAACCACAGUGGACAAGUUUCUUAGAGAACUGAAGAUUUCAGAAAUAUGCACCGAUGCUCAUGCACAAAUUGCAUCUACUAUGAAUCAAAUGACUGGACGAUAUAACGGCACAGGAGUUGUACACUCGCGGGACAUAUGGCAUGGAGCUAAGAAUUUAGCCAAGAAGAUUUCUGCAGCGGCUCAGCAAUCUGGACAAAAGAUCCUGCUGCACUGGGUGAAAGACAUUGUAAAUCACUUCUGGUUCUGCUGUAAAAAGGCAAACACGGUACUGCAGUUUCUUAAACUAUGGAGCAGUGUGCUUCAUCAUGUGACAAAUGAGCACGAAUGGUACCUUGGACACUGCCUUCAUGGCAGCCUACCAGAGAACCAAGACAAGCAAUGGCUGGAGAGUGGUUCUAAAGCUCACAAGGCACUGGAAGCUGUAGUUCUCAAUAAGAAUUUGCUCAGAAAUAUUCACCGAUAUUUACCUUUCAGAUCGACCUGUCAGCUUGAAUCAUUCCACAACCACUUGCUGAUGUACGGCAGCAAGCGGUUCAGCUUCUCACCGCUGGUCUAUCAGGCAAGAAUUCUCCUGGCAGCCCUGGAUUAUAACCACCAUAAAGACCGACCACCAUUGCUCAACAAAAAUGGCCAAAAGAUCUUUCGCAGUUCCAGAAGAAAACUGGUAGAUGGACAGUAUAUGCCUUGAAGGUGGCAAAAGACUACAGUUACAUUCCUGAUCUGCAAGCGGCAAUUGUGCGUGAAAGAAUCCAGGCUGAUAUGGGGAUGCCAAGACAUAAGGUUCCAAGGCCUGAGGAUCCCCAGACACUAGGCCUCCUUCCAAGUGUCCAACCUCCUUCAAUUGACAGCAUUCUUGAGUAGGGAUGUCCAGAUCCGAUCACGUGAUCGGAAAUCGGGCCCGAUCAUGUGGUUUCAGACUCGAUCGGAAUCGGACGUUACCUCCCGAUCAGGACUCUGAUAUAUAUGUAUAUAUAUUCUCAUUAUUUUUAACACAUCUAUAGUGAUGCGGUAGCACAGAGUUAGGCCUGUUUCACACUGCAAGCGUAAGCGGCGCGUGAGUAGCGCAUAUUUUUUUCAGCGUGCAUGUCAAC